GAGCAACACUGACGGCAAACAGCUGUUUUCAUGUGCUAGCCUUACGGCUAAUGUGUAGAAGAUAACAUUAAAAUAACUACAAAUUUAUCAUCAUGGCAGAUGACGCCGAGGAACCAAGCAAGAGCUUCAUAAUCUUUGGACGCGAUAUUGCUCAAAUUCCAUGCUUUCGUAACAGUUUUCUAUACGGCAUCAGCGGCGGCAUUGGUAUUGGCCUCUUAACGUUUUUGGGCACCUCGCGUCCGCACUUUUCCACACAUGUUGGUUUUGGUUCCUUUUUUUGCGGUACCAUUGUAUAUUGGUUCGGCUGCAGGUACCAGUGGUCCGUUCGACGUUUUGAGCAACGCCAACUGCAGGAGGCCAUGCGCCAACAAGCUAUGUAUGAGGGUACGGAAACUGAGCGAGAGUUGGAUUUAAAGUCGGCGUAGUGCAGGAAAUGUACAUGCAAUGUGGGCUUUUGUUAUUGUACAUUCACGUGUUUCUAAAAUGUUGGAACUCUGCAUAAAAUAUGCUAGACAUAUGUACAUAUAUAUGUAUGUAUAAGCAGAUUCGGCUCGCACGAUUAUUACCUAAGGAGCGCAUACUUAUACGUACGAAGAAAUAUACGAACGAACAUAGAAAUGUAUGUGUGUAAAUAAAUGAUUCAAUGUUAUUAACGACGCUUAUUACUAAGUAUUAUGUCUAAAAUGUCAUUAAUUGAUUGUAGCUGAUGAUGGUAUCAAAUGAUAAUUUGUAGAAGAUAUAUACAUAUAAAUAAA